UCUAAUACACAUUCCCCGCCUACCUAAUGCAUAUUUAUUUGGGUGAUGUAAUCUUACGCAAUGCCCCAAACACAAGGUUCUUUCCUUCAUUAAGCAACUCCUAUUGUAGAAGUUAUCUGACGACAUCAGUUACGUUCACAGGAGUACCAGUUGAAAGAUGGAUGAUGACGACUUUGGAGGAUUUGAGGCAGCAGAGAGUUAUGAGUUUGAAAAUGGUGAGAAGCAGACCACAUCCCCUGCUAUUGCUUGGGCAGCAUUUCCUACAGUACCUGAAGUCCACAGAUCUCCUGAUGUUCUUCUGGAGCACUCUGUGCCUUCUUCCUGCCUGGCUCCUUCUGACUCAUUCAUUUUAUCAGGUGAUAGUGUGGCAACAGCUGUUCAAACAGCCAACAGCGUGAUAAAUCCAGCUGUUCUUGAAGAACAGAUUCAAGCAGAUAUUCCAGUUGCCUCUUCAAGUGUAAUUGAAGGCAAGACUUUAGUUACAUCAACCACUGCUUUGAUUGAUGCUGAGACACAGAGAACAAAUGAAGCGAGGAGCUGCCUUCAACAAGCUGUUGCAAACCUAGAAAUCAAGCUUUGCACUGCUGAAGAAGAAAAAUCAAAAAUUAAAAAUGAAUUAGAAUAUUUGCUGGAAAAACAUAGUGUUUUAGAAAUGGAUUUCCUGAAGGAAAAAAAAGAAAAAGUACCACAUCAAGAUCAUUACAAGACACUCCAGGAAAAGCAUAAGCAGGAAUUAGAAGACAUGAGAAAAGCUGGACAUGAAGCCUUGAGUAUUAUUGUUGAAGAAUUCAAGGCACUGCUACAAUCUACAGUUCAGCAGCAAGAAGCAGCUAUUGAAAAGCAGUAUAUACUAGCAAUUGAAAAACACUCUCACAAAUGUGAAGAGCUUCUUAAUGCUCAGCAUCAGCGACUUCUUGACAUUCUAGAAGCAGAGAAGGAAGUGUUAUCAGAAAAGAUAGAAGAAGCUUUGAUGCAGCAGUCACAAAAGCACAAGGAGGUGCUGGACAAAUGUUUGGAAGAAGAAAGGCAAAGGAGUAAGGAGGCUGUGGCAGCUGCUGCCGAGGCUGAGAAAGAAGCAGUGCAGGAAGCUGUUCUGAAAGCAGUAGAGGAGGAGAGGAGGAAGAUUCAUGCAGAAGAAAGAAAAAUGUGGGAAGCAGAACGUGAUAAUCAUAAAGAGAAGAUUGCCCAGGCUGUUUCGGAAGCCAUGGAGGAACAAAGAAAGCAGAAUCAGGAAAUUGUCAAGGAAGCAUUAAUGGAGGAACAGAAACGAAGUGAAAAGGCUAUUGAAGAAGCAGUGAAAAGGACAAGAGAGGAACUGAUGGAAUAUAUUAAAGAACAGAGAAGGCUUGAUCAAGUUGUCCGUCAGAGAAAUCUGCAUAGUUUGGAACUUUUCCUUUCAUGUGCACAGAAACAGUUAAAUGUUUUAUUGAAGGAAGAGCCAACCACAGAGGAAAACAGAGACUGACAUUCCUGGUACCACUGACACGGUGUGAUCUGUGAAGCUGCAAAUCUCAACUCAGCAAGUGAUGAAUAUAUUCUAAUCUUUUGGGACUGUAUUAUUGAUUCAAGGUUGAUCUGAAACUAUGCUUGAUAGAAAUAUGUGUGGAUGAUGUUCUUUUAUUUAUUGGUUUGUUUUACUGCUAUUGUCAGAUUGCAAAUAUGGAAGGGGAAAACAUCCAUGGGAAAAAAAAUUGGGUUUUUUUAUGAUUUUGUUUUCAUUACAUUUUCUAGUAACCCAUGAUUGAAGUGUUAGAUAACUUGUAGCACUGAUGAAAACAUUUCCCUGUUAUGUCUGUUUUAAAUUUGGCAUCGUGUGUUGAUGUGAUUCAUCGUUAUUUUUGGUAUUUUAAAAAAUUGAGACAAACUUACUUGAAUAUUGAUAUAAAUCCAUCUCUAUUUCCACAGUAUAUACCCAAGUCCAUUGCCUCAGGUGAGCCUGAGGAGCUUAUUAUUUCUUACUAUUUUUGAUGUAUAACAGGGGAAUCAAUGCUGAAACAUAAGAGUGUUGUCAGGCAUCUCUUUAAUCAUUUAUAAAAAACUUCAGCUCUGGUAAUAGAAAAAAUUUAGAAACUAAACAGUGCAUCUUUUUAGAGUAGUGCAAAACACUGCCAUAGCCAAUGUAUAGUUUGUAUUUUAUUUCUGUUUUACAGAGCUGCUUCAAUUCCAAAAGUAAUUUUCUCAUGAAAUGACGAUUAAUGUGACUGACCUCAGUUUCAGGAAGAAGAUGUAUGUAAUUAUGUGGAGACUGAUACUGCACUGCCUCAGUGGAAUUUCUGACAGAAUAAGGAGAGCAGCUUUGCUGACCUCAGAUGCCCUUUCUGAGUGCAUGAAGGAAGUAGGAAAGCUCCCCACAGACAUUACUGGACUUUGGAUCAAGUCAUGGGUCUUUCUAGUCUUGCUGACAGCAGAUGGAGUGGAAUUUCUGUGCCUGCACUCUACUGAUUGUAGACUUGGGGCCUUAGUUUUAAAAGAGUGCUGAAUGAAAUAAGGGAAAAUAAGUGUUCACACUUAGGUAUGUAAAUAAACUAAGAGUGAUCUCUCUUAUGGUGAGCUUGUGAUUCAGUGGGGGACUUAUGGGCAUUUUUUAGUGUGGUUCUUGUUAUUCAGCAGUACUUUGGGGUUUUUUUGUUUGGCUGGUUUUUUGCACCAGCAGUCACUUGUCAUAAAUCGCUCUCAUAGAGCAAUAGGGAAACACCAAAUGGUUGCACAAAGUAUUUGGCAGUAUGAAAUAUGUACUGCAGAAAGUUUAGAAUUUUAUUUAAAUCUUUUUCUGUGCUUUGUUUUUGUAAUCAAAGCCAAAGGUUUUGUCUUCUGUAUACACAAAAAUACCCUGCAAAUGGAUGAAAAUCCAGUCUUAUUUUUGA